AUGGAUUCGACAACAGCAACAGCAGAGUUGGGUUGGACAGCACACCCUCCUUCUGGAACCAGUCAGUCUUACUGGGAGGAAGUCAGUGGAUACGAUGAGUCUAUGAACACAAUAAGGACGUACCAAGUCUGCAAUGUGUUUGAAGCCAGUCAGAACAAUUGGUUGCGCACCAAAUAUAUCAAGCGAAAAGGGGCUAAGCGUAUUCAUGUGGAGAUGAAGUUUUCUGUACGGGAUUGUAGCAGCAUUCCCAAUGUUCCUGGCUCUUGUAAAGAGACAUUCAAUCUCUAUUAUUAUGAAUCUAAUACAGAUUCAGCAACCAAGAUAACUCCAUACUGGAUGGAAAAUCCCUGGAUAAAAGUUGAUACGAUUGCAGCAGAUGAAAGUUUUUCCCAGGUGGAUCUGGGAGGGAGGGUGAUGAAAAUCAACACGGAGGUCCGUAGUUUUGGACCAGUGUCAAAGAAUGGCUUUUACUUGGCAUUUCAGGAUUAUGGAGGAUGCAUGUCCCUGAUUGCAGUCAGGGUCUUCUACCGAAUGUGCCCACUGGUGAUCAAAAAUGGGGCAAUUUUCCAGAAGACCCUAUCGGGAGCAGAAAGCACAUCCCUGGUAGUGGCUCGUGGGACCUGUAUUCCGAAUGCUGAGGAAGUGGAUGUGCCCAUCAAACUGUACUGUAAUGGAGAUGGCGAGUGGAUGGUCCCAAUUGGCCGCUGCAUGUGUAAAGCUGGCUACGAGUCUGUGGAGAAUGGCACUGUGUGCCAAGGUUGUCCAUCUGGAUCAUUUAAACCAAACCAAGGAGAGGAACCCUGUUUGAGCUGCCCAAUCAACAGCAGGACCACAUCUGAAGGUGCCACAAACUGUGUUUGUCGAAAUAAAUACUAUCGGGCAGACACCGACCCAUUAGCAAUGCCGUGCACAACGACACCCUCAGCCCCAUUGGGAGUUAUCUCCAGUGUGAAUGAAACAUCCCUGAACUUGGAAUGGUCUGCUCCUCAUGAGACAGGUGGCCGGGAGGAUGUGGUUUACAAUGUGAUCUGUAAGAGUUGCAAUGCAGGCCGCAGCACCUGCACUCGAUGUGGAGACAAUGUGCAGUUUGUGCCACGUCAGUUGGGUUUGACUGAGCCUCACGUUUACAUCAGCGAUCUGCUUGCCCACACACAGUAUACCUUCGAGAUCCAGGCUGUGAAUGGAGUGUCAGAUCAGAGUCCUCAUCCACCUCAAUUUGCAGCUGUCAAUAUUACCACCAAUCAAGCUGCUCCAUCUACAGUGUCAUUUAUACACCAAGUGAGUCGUACAGUGGACAGUGUUACACUAUCCUGGUCUCAGCCUGACCAGCCCAAUGGAGUGAUCCUGGACUAUGAACUCCAGUAUUAUGAAAAGGAUCAAAGUGAGCACAAUUCUUCAACUGUGAAGAGCCAGACAAACACAGCCACCAUCCGCAGCCUCCGCGCUGGCACCAUCUAUGUUUUCCAAGUGCGAGCACGGACAGUGGCCGGUUUUGGCCAAUACAGUGGGAAGAUGUAUUUUCAGACAAUGACAGAAGCUGAAUACCAGAGUAGUCUGCAAGAAAAGCUUCCUCUCAUCAUUGGAUCAGCAGCAGCUGGGCUCGUCUUCAUAAUUGCUGUUGUAGUCAUAUUGAUCGUUUGCAACAGGAGACGAGGUUUUGAGCGGGCAGAUUUGGAAUACACAGAUAAACUACAACAUUACACGAGUGGCCAUGUGACACCUGGUAUGAAGAUCUAUAUUGAUCCAUUCACUUAUGAAGAUCCCAAUGAGGCUGUGAGGGAAUUUGCCAAAGAGAUUGACAUAUCCACUGUGAAGAUUGAACAGGUCAUUGGUGCAGGAGAAUUUGGAGAGGUUUGCAGUGGGCAUCUCAAAUUACCUGGGAAAAGAGAGAUUUUUGUGGCCAUCAAGACCUUAAAAUCUGGUUAUACAGAGAAACAAAGACGGGACUUCCUGAGUGAAGCAAGCAUCAUGGGACAGUUUGAUCAUCCCAAUGUCAUCCAUCUAGAAGGGGUUGUCACCAAAAGCAACCCGGUCAUGAUUAUUACAGAAUUCAUGGAGAAUGGAUCAUUGGACUCCUUCCUCAGGCAAAAUGACGGACAAUUUACAGUUAUCCAACUUGUUGGCAUGCUUCGUGGAAUUGCUGCUGGGAUGAAAUAUUUGGCAGACAUGAGCUAUGUGCACAGAGAUCUGGCUGCUCGUAAUAUUCUCGUCAACAGCAACCUUGUAUGUAAGGUUUCCGAUUUUGGACUGUCCAGGUUCCUAGAGGAUGAUACAUCAGAUCCAACAUACACAAGUGCUUUGGGAGGGAAAAUUCCAAUACGGUGGACAGCACCAGAGGCCAUUCAGUACCGGAAGUUCACAUCAGCCAGUGAUGUCUGGAGUUAUGGCAUAGUCAUGUGGGAAGUGAUGUCAUAUGGGGAGAGACCUUACUGGGACAUGACCAAUCAAGAUGUGAUCAACGCUAUUGAACAAGACUAUCGUCUGCCACCACCCAUGGACUGCCCAACAGCUCUCCAUCAAUUAAUGCUUGAUUGCUGGCAGAAGGAUCGCAACAAUAGGCCCAAAUUUGGGCAGACUGUGAAUACCUUGGAUAAAUUGAUCAGAAAUCCAAAUACUCUAAAAGCUGUGACUCCUCUGACUUCAGGGGUAACCCUCCCAUUACUGGACCGCACAGUUCCUGAUUUUUCCAGCUUCAACACAGUUGCCGAGUGGUUGGAGGCCAUUAAGAUGGGUCAAUAUAAAGAUAACUUUUCUAAUGAAGGCUUCACGUCAUUUGACCAUGUGUCUCAAAUGACAUCAGAGGAUAUCCUUCGGGUUGGUGUUACCUUGGCAGGACAUCAAAAGAAAAUUUUGAACAGUAUUCAGAUGAUGCAAGCACAGAUGAAUCAAAUUCAGUCAGUGGAAGUCUGAUAGCAACUAUAGUCUGCUUGACUAUAUCCAUACUAUGGUUCUGAAUGAGCUUAAUUCAGGAAGCAAUGACUAAAUACAACUGGGAUCUUCACCAUGCAAAGUCCUUCUGAGAACUUAAUGAAGAUUAGAAUAGCUCCUGAAGAAAUGAGAAUGAUCUUUGAUAUGAGAAAGCCCUUCAAAAGGGUUCAAUGAACAAGAGUGCAACUAUACCAGGAGCCACAUAAUUAAGUCAGAUUAAUCUAAAUCAACAGAUUCCUUCUGUCAUUGUAGUCACUCAAAGAUCUUUAAUUGUCUUUUCCCACCAACAAGCAUACAACAGA